GCGAGCGCCGGGUUCCGCCUCACGGCCGUGCGGCGGGAGCCCGCGGUGCGGCUGCAGCACGGCGCCAGCGGCCUGGAGCCGCUGGCGUGGUCCGAGGACCACCGGGUGUCGGUGAGCACGGCCCGCAGCAUCGCCGUGCUGGAGCAGCUCAGCGACGUGCACAGCGGCGGGCAGGACAUGGUCAUCCACCGCACCGCCGUGCCCGCGCCCGCCACCGCCUGCCUGCUCAAGGUUGGCCCCAAAAAGGAGGUGACUGAGUGCAAGGAGAAGUUUGCCAGCUCCGUGGAUCCGACCGUGAGCCAGACGUUCAUGCUGGACCGAGUGUUCAACCCCGAGGGGAAGUCCCUGACACCCAUGAGGGGGUUCAAAUAUUCCAGCUGGUCCCCUCUGGGCUGUGACGCCAACGGGAGGUGCCUCCUGGCCGCCCUGACCAUGGACAACCGGCUGACCAUCCACGCCAACCUCAACCGGCUGCAGUGGGUGCAGCUGGUGGACCUGACCGAGCUCUACGGGGAGCGCCUGUUCGAGGCCGGCUACAAACUCUGCAAGGCCGACGCUCCCUGCGGGGAGCUGGGCGACUUCCCGGAGUUCCAGCGGCGGCACAGCAUGCAGGCCCCCGUGCGCAUGGAGUGGUCGGGAACCUGCACCACCCAGCAGGUGAAGCACAACAACGAGUGCCGGGAUGUCGGCAGCGUGCUCCUGGCCGUGCUCUUCGAGAACGGCAACAUCGCCGUGUGGCAGUUCCAGCUCCCCUUCCUGGGGAAGGAGUCCAUUACUUCCUGCAACACCAUAGAGUCCGGGAUAAGCUCGCCCAGCGUGUUGUCCUGGUGGGAAUACGAGCACAACAACCGGAAGAUGAGCGGGCUGAUCGUGGGCAGCGCGUACGGCCCCGUUAAGAUCCUCCCCGUCAACCUCAAGGCGGUCAAGGGCUACUUCACGCUCAGACAGCCCGUGGUGCUGUGGCAGGAGAUGGACCAGCUGCCCGUGCACAGCAUCAAAUGUAUCCCCCUCUACCACCCCUACCAGAAGUGCAGCUGCAGCUUGGUGGUGGCUGCAAGGGGCCCUUACGUGUUCUGGUGCCUCCUGUUGAUCUCCAAGGCGGGCCUGAAGGUCCACAAUUCCCACGUGACGGGGCUCCACUCCCUACCCAUCGUGUCCAUGACGGCGGACAAGCAGAACGGCACGGUGUACACCUGCUCCAGCGACGGGAAGGUCAGGCAGCUCAUCCCCAUAUUCACAGACGUGGCUCUGAAGUUUGAGCACCAGCUGAUCAAGCUCUCGGAGGUGUUUGGCUCCGUCAGGACUCAUGGAAUUGCUGUCAGCCCGUGCGGGGCGUACCUGGCGGUCAUCACGACCGAGGGCAUGGCCAACGGGCUGCACCCCGUCAACAAGAACUACCAGGUUCAGUUUGUCACCCUCAAAACCUUCGAGGAGGCGGCUGCACAGCUCCUGGAAUCUUCCGUCCAGAACCUUUUCCGGCAGGUGGACCUGACGGAUCUUGUGCGCUGGAAAAUUCUGAAGGAUAAGCACAUUCCUCAGUUCUUACAGGAGGCACUGGAUAAUAAGAUUGAGAGCUGUGGUUCCACUUACUUCUGGAGGUUUAAGCUGUUUCUCCUGAGGAUUUUGUAUCAGUCCAUGCAGAAAGCUCCCUCAGAGGCCACGUGGAGACCUUCACACGAGGAUGCCAAAAUCUUGAUCUCGGAUUCCCCUGGGAUGGGCAGCACUGAGGAUGAUCAAGAGGAAGGAACUUCGAAACAAGCCAGCAAGCAAAGCCUGUGUGACACAGGCAAAGGUGUGGACUUAGAUGACACUGCAGAGGAUUCUCUCCACCAGUCAAGUGACACUGGAGGGCGGGAGCCAAUGGAGGAAAAACUUCUUGAAGUACAGGCCCAGAUUGAGGCCGUGGAAAUGCACUUGACACGGGAACACAUGAAACGGGUGUUGGGAGAAGUUUAUCUACACACAUGGAUUACAGAAAACACCAGCAUUCCCACCAGAGGAGUCUGUGACUUCUUAAUGUCUGAUGAUGGCUAUGAUGACAGAACAGCACGAGUGCUGAUUGGGCACAUCCUGAAGAAAAUGAACAAACAGACGUUCCCGGAGCACUGCAGUUUGUGCAAAGAGAUCCUGCCCUUCACCGACCGCAAGCAGGCCGUGUGCUCCAACGGGCACAUCUGGCUCAGGUGCUUUCUGACCUACCAGUCCUGUCAGAGUCUGGUGUACAGGAGGUGUUUGCUUCACGACAGCAUUGCACGGCACCCAACCCCAGAAGAUCCUGAAUGGAUCAAGAGGUUAUUGCAAGGACCUUGCACGUUCUGUGACUCUCCUGUGUUCUAGAGAAAAGCUCUGCAAAGACUGAAAGCAUUUUCUCUACUCCAUAAGCUCCCUUCAGCCUCGAAGGACACAGAGCACAGGAACACGGACUCUGCUGGAGGGGGAACACCUCAUCCACAGCCCUGUACAUAGAACAUCAGAGGUUCUGGAAACUCCUCAAGUCCAGAGCCCAUUCCAUGCUCCAGAAACAGGAGUACACUUGGAAGAGCCAGUUUAAAAGAGGUUUGGAAGAGCACCCCAUGGAAGGCUCAGCAGCUGGACACUGACAACUGAAGUGUUGAGCACAGUGUGAACUGUCCUUUCUGCCCAACUGUGUCAUUUCCCAAAAGCUGGGACGGGAACAUGGAGCUGCCUCUGGAAUGGUCCUGGUGGGUAGAGAAGGUUUCAGCUUGUAGUUGCUCCCUUUGCUUUUUAACAAGCGCUGGCACUUGCUGCAGAAUAUUAAACUGUCAAAAGAAUUUGUGGCUCCAGUUCCUUGCAGAGUGAAGCACGUGCCAGUUACAGCCACAGGAAAGAAAUUGGCCAUUCCAGCAGUUCCCCUUAAAGUCUAGAAGAGUAACUGCCUCGUUACUGUUGUAACACUAUUGAAGUCAGGAGGGGGAUAUUGGCUGCCUGGGUCAAACAGGGAUCAGUAAAAAUAAUUUUUAAAUGUAAUAAUUAUGAAACUAAUAGCAAUUAGAUUAAACACUAAUAAUAUAUAUAAUUUCCAAUGCUCUUUAGUCUCUUACCCCACUUUCUUUUUCUGAACUAACUCCUUCCCAGCUUUUGCCAAUGUAUUUGCCUUUGGCUUCACUUAACCCUCUACCAACAGGAAUCAUCUUUUCCAGUGUAACUCAGUUAC